AUGUCAUAUCUAUUAAUCUAUUCUUCCUCGGCAAGGAGUGUGCACCCUGAAAUUAUCGUCUCUUGUGAGCCAUUUUUUUUUCAUUUCCUUUUGAUACAGCCUCCAAUUUUCCCGCGUAGCCAUUUCCUUGACAACGCCAACGCUCCCAAGAUUCCUCACAAAAAAUGGCGUAGAAUAAACUCAUUCUGGCCGACCGUCCAUCGUCUACAGAAAUUGACUUCUAUUCAUACGAGCCAACAACUGACUGCCACAUUCAGUCCAAGCACGAUUUUCUCUCUCAUUCUCUCUUCUACUUUCUCUCUCGUUCUCUCUCUCAUUUUCUCACUCUUAUUCCGUCUCUCUCUCAUUCUCUCACUCAUUCUCUUACUCAUUCUCUCUUUCAUUCUCUCUCUCCCACUUUCUCUCUCAUUUUCUCUCUCAUUUUCUCACUCUAAUUCUGUCUCUCGCUCAUUCUCUCUCUUAUUCUCACUAUUAUUCUCUCUCUUCCACUUUCUCCCUCCUUCUCUCUCUUAUUCUCCCUCUCAUUCUCUCCUCUCAUUCUGUCUUUCUCUCAUUCUCUCUCACAUAAUGACUCUCAUUCUCUCUCUCAUUCUUUCUCUCAUUCUCUCUCUCUCUCAUUAUCUCACUCUCAUUCUGUGUCUCUCUCAUUCUCUCUCUUCCACUUUCUCUCUUAUUCUCUCUCUUUCUCAUUUUCUCACUCUAAUUCUGUCUCACACUCAUACUCUCUCUCAUUCUCUCUUUCAUUCUCCCUCUCAUUUUCUCACUCUGUCUUUCUCUCAUUCUCUCUCACAUCAUCACUCUCAUUCUCUCUCUCAUUCUUUCUCUCAUUCUCUCUCUCUCAUUAUCUCACUCUCAUUCUGUCUAUCUCUCAUUAUUUCUCUCAUUCUCUCUCUCCCAGUCUCUCUCACAUUCACUCUCUCUCAUUCUCUCUCUCUCUCUUUAUCUCUCUCUCUAAGACUUUGCUUUUCUCCAACUUGA